AUGUUGAAACGCAUUUUUAUUGGUCAUGUUUUUAUCGUUUUUCAAGUACUUUAUAUAGCUGUAUCCGUAACGCCAAAAAACUAUGGUGAAUUCUCACUGAAAAUUAUAAAAUUCGAUGUCUGCAAAGGUCCAAAGAGAAGAGACUGCACCAACUUAACGGCAAACGUACACAAUGAAACAAAUUUAAUAAUUAACUUAGAGAUCAAGGAAAAUGUCACAAUAAACCGGGGAAAAAUUGUUUCUAUGAUAAACAACAAGCCACUUGUGAGACUGCAAAUGAAAAACCCUUGCGACCACCUCUUCAUGAAGGCAAUGUUUCUAACAAUAUUUAACGUCAGUCGAAAUUGUGGAUUUACAAAAUCAAAUCACGUUCUAAACGUAGAUAUUGCCGAAGUAGCCAAAAAUUACUAUGGAGGAAUGUUUUUAUAUGGAAACAUAACCUUUAAAUCUGCAUUUUACAAUGAUGAAUGCAACUUCUCCUGCACCGUCGUUGAAGUCAACUUAUUCCCUAAGAAGAAUAAAGGAACAAAAUAA